AUGGCUGCCCUCCCUCACUAUGUCCAUCCUCAUAUUCUCAAUCAAGUGCAAGGAUCCUUUGGGAUCUCUUACAAUAUAUUCACAGCUCCCACUGAGCGCGAUCUGCCUCAAGGAUGGUAUUCCUAUCAAAGGCAAACUUAUCGUCGCCUCAUCAGACAUCUGGACAUGCACGGUUUCCACCACCACCAAUAUUCGGAUAGGAGGUGGGACAACACCAAUGCUCUUGCAGUGUACCUUGUAAUGGUACAGCUGCACCUCUGCUUACCCCCCAGCAAAUUUGCUACCACAGUGAAGUCAAUCAAGAUGCACCACUUCACAGACCUCAAUGUCUUUGACCAGACUCAUGAGCUGAUUUUGGGUGGCUUCUAUAGCCCACAGUUAGUGGGAUAUGUCCCUCAAGGUUUGGUUCCUGCAGGGGUUGUUUUGAAUCCUCCAGCUGUUCCUGCAAAUCCAGGUGGCUUCCAACGCCCUGUUGACACCUGA